AAAAGAUAAAGAAAUGCAGGUUUGAAAUGACAUGGAUGUCUAAUUGAAUGAUGACAGAAUUUUUAUUUUGAGAUUAUUGAAGAUUUUGGACAACCCUGCUUUAAGCAACCCACAAAAAUAACUAAUGUAUUGCAACAUUUAUCUGAAGGUGUGUUUACCAGACGUCUGUACUGUCGUGGGAAUACAGCAGCUAUAGAUGUUUCCGACAUCUGUGUUUGUGAGCUCUUCUUGUUCUUGUUGUGUGUGCCCUGGGUGUUUCUUUGUUGACCUUCAACCAAAUUGGCAUAGUGACAAACGAUCCUACAUAAUGUAUCAUGGCACUACAAUGUGGAAUGCGAUGAGGAUCAUGAGCGAGGGCUUCUUUCCUUCCGCUGAUGGCAUGCUGGGUCCUGGAGUCUAUGUCACUAGAAGCUUUGAAAAAGCCUCCCGUUACCCUCUGCAUUCACAUGGGGAGAUGCUUGCUGUUCUCAGACUCAGCGUGAGAGUGGGCACGGUGAAGAAGAUCGACUACCAGGGUCACCCUUUACAGAAGACCUGGUAUGAGCAUGGAUAUGACACAGCGUGGGUUCCUCCGAACUGUGGCAUGGUGAACAGUGGCCUACAGGAGAACUGUGUGCAUGAUCCAAGCCGAAUCACAGUGCUGGAAGUCAUUCAAAACCCCCGAUUCUGGUAGAUUCUGUAAAAAAUAA